AUGUGUUUUUGUAGUAAAUUGGAAGAUGUAUACGAUAAAGAUUGUGUUCUGAAGGCUGAUUCGUCACGUGAAAGAUGUUAUUUGACUCCUGCUAAGUCCCUUUGGCGGACACUUGUUGUGGGAUCAUCAGCUUCCAGUACGACAAAGGUUUCAUUAAGUAAAGAGCAUGUACAUCAAUUAUCUAAGUGGCAGACUGAAUAUGGGAAAGAAAUUUUUAUAAGAAUUCGAACAAGUAAAAUUGAAAAAGAUAGUAGAGGGGUUUUGAUUCCCGAGUUUUCCUCCAGAGGUCCCUCAAGAAUUUACAAGCAACACAUAAUUCCAGAAUUGGUUGCACCAGGCUAUGCUAUCCUCAUACCAUAUCCAAGUACCAUAGAACUUAAUCAGAUACUUGCACAGACAAGUAUUGAUGAGAAAGAGACGCCGCUUUUAAGAGACUGCAACAUAGUUUCAGGAUCUUCAAUUGCAUGCUCACAAGUAGCAGGAGCUGCUCUUAUAUUACGUUCUUACCGUCCCCACUGGACUCCUUUGGAGGUGAAGUCUGCUAUCAUAACAACAGCAAAAAGCUUUGCAGCAGGAAACAUUCCUGGAAAUGAACUUGUUUUUGGGGCCGGGUCAAUAAACAUUAAAGCUGCUUUAUAUCCUGGUCUCGUAUAUGAUGAAAGCUGGACACAUUUCAGGGAGUACGUUGAUAAAAAACGUUCAAUUUACGACCUCAAUCUCCCUACUUUUGCGGCAUCCUUCUCUUAUUCUCCACAGAGUUGCAAACGAAUAUUCCGCCGUGAAUUAAAAAACGUCGGUGACCACAAAAUGGUUUACAAAUGUGUUGUCAAGUAUUUCAGCAAAUUAUGGGAUCCCGAUGUAGAAAUCACGGCGGUACCUGAUUGUCUAGAGUUUGAACGUGGUGAGAAGCAGAGAUUUGAGUUGAUUGUGAAUAUGGUUCCACGUCCAUUCACCCAUAUAUCUGCACUACUCAUGUGGAUUCCAAAUGAUGGAGGGCAAUCAGUGUGCAGCCCAAUUCACCUGUACCAUCAAAGUGAGUUUGACAAAUCAAGUUGGUACGAGUGAAGGCAAUUUCCUUUUGUGGUUGUCAAAAAGUAAGAGUGACAAACCAAGCAUACACAUUAGCUGUAUACAAAUUAAGU